AUGGCGUCGGCCGCGCCGUCCGACGCCCAUGCCGCCCCGUCGAAGACGCCGCCGAAGGUUGUCAUCCUCGGCGGCGGCGUCAUCGGAUGCUCCGUCGCGUACUUCCUCAGGCGCGUUCUAUACACUGGUCCCCAUACGACCGCGUCGGCGUGCGCGCGCGGCGUCCCGUCCACGAUCGUCGAGCGGUGCGAGAUCGCCGCCGCCGCGAGCGGCAAGUCCGGCGGCUUCCUCGCGGGCGGCUGGGGCGACGGCGGCGUCACGCAGGCGCUCCAUCGCGAGUCGUUCGCGCUCCACGAGCGACUCGCGGCAGAUCUCGAGCUGAAGGCGCGUUCUCCUCACGCCGGUCCCCGUACGACCGCGGUCCCUCGCUUUCAAUCCCCGCCAUCGACGCCUUUGAACUCCACCCCUGACGCCUUUGAACUCCACCCCGAUAUCAUCGCUUCGUAUGCAACGGCCCUGAAGACGUACCGAAAGAUCCCGACGCUGUCCGUCGCCGGCGGCGGCUCGCUGAGCGCGCAGAAGCCGCCGCUCGUGUCGUGGCUCGACGGCGAGAUCGCGAGCUGUUUGAUGAUGGACGACGCGACCGCGCAGGUGACGCCGUUGGAGCUGACGACGCGGCUGCACGAAGAGGCGAUGAAGCUGGAGGGGUCGCGGACGAUCAUCGGCGAAGUCGCCGGCGUGCGGCUCGCCGCUCGCGACGGAAGUAACGGUCGAAGCGCGUCCGUUACCGGCGUCGAGGUCGUCGACGCGGAGACCGGAGAGAUGUCCGUGCUCGACGCGGACGUCUGCGUCGUCGCCAUGGGCCCGUGGUCCACGCGCGCGUCGGAGUGGUUCGAGAUCGACGUGCCCAUGACGGGCAUCAAGGCGCGUACCAUCUCACACUGGUCCCCGUACGACCGCAGCGUCUCUCUUCUCUACGACGCCUCCGAGGCUGUCGCGAACGAGCCCGCGGCGCUGUUCUGCGCGGAGGACGAGAACGACUGCCACCUCGAGGUGUACCCGCGGAGCACGGGGGAGGUGUACAUAUGCGGCGUCGGCGGGAGCGAGUACGUGGACGAGACUCGGCUGUUGCCUGGCGGUGACCUGGACCGCGCGGACGUCGUGACGCCGGACCCGUCGCGCGUCGCCGCCGGCGCGAAAUCCUUCGCGGGCCUCAGCGCCAGCGUCGGCGCGGGCGGCCCGCGGAAGACGCAGUCGUGCAUGCGGCCGUGCCCCCCGGACGCGCUGCCUAUUCUGGGAGCCGUGCCGGGCGUGGACGGCGCGUACAUGGCGUGCGGGCACAACUGCUGGGGCAUCUUGUGGGCGCCGGUGACGGGUCGCAUCGUGAGCGAGCUCGUCGUGGACGGAAAGAGUCGGACGAAGAUCGACGCGUUCUCGCCCGGGCGGUUCACGCGCGAGAGGGGGGGCGGACGCGGGCGCGGGAAGAAGAUUCGAGGCGACGACGUCGGCGAGCAGUGGUGACGAGCGCGUCGAGUCGACGUGUUUAAAAGCUUGGCAGUGCAAAAAGACUUUAUUAAUUAGCGAAGCGA